AUGAUUGCUUCUACCUGGACCUUCAUCGCCCUUGGCGCAUUCUCGUCGCUCACGGCAGCAACACCAGCUCGAGAAGAUUCGCUUCCAUCAUACCAUUAUAGCGCUCCUAUACCCGUUGAGUGUAUGAGCCGUAACUCAGAAACAGGCGAACACGUCGAAAACGAAAAGCACGAGAUCGAAUGGAAACCCUUUCCCACAUGCAACGAAACAGGUCGUCCCCUCGAGUUCAACUAUGGUAAAGAAGGCGAAGUCAAUUGCACAAUCGCCAUGAUCGACGACCCCUUCUUCCAUCUCCUCGAAUUCUACAUCCAUUCCGAUGCGCCGCUGUCCUGCCGCAUUCCUGCUCGCCCAGCCGCAGAAAUCGAAGUCAUCGGCGAGAAAGCCCCCGAGCGUGAAUACGUUCCUCUCGUUUUUGCCCUCGCAGGCACGUUGCAGCUGAGCCACAUCCAUAUCAGCACGCACAUGAAUGUUCUGCUGCACAGCACGCCGAAACACCACACGCAUCCUCACGAUAGUGGUGUGUUGGACUCUGCUAUCGCUUACAGCACGAGCCCACUGCAUCACUUACAGGGCUCGCAUACGCGCAAGUUGGUGAUUGGGGAUCCUUUACCUCUGUUACUUUCGGUGCGGUGGUUCCCUACGCCGGCGCUACCCAAGACAGAGGGCAAGGUGGAGUGGCAGGGCUUGGGAGGCCAUAUCUACGCCAGCACUGUCUUUUACAGUCUUGUGUCUUUUGGUGCUGGUGUUUUGGUUGCUGCCAUGUAUACACUGGGCGUGGUACUGCCCAAGAGACUUAAGGGACGAGCGCUUGGAGGGGCUACACCCUUGGGAUACGGAGUGAACACCGUGGGUAACGGAUGGGGCUAUUCAAAGCCGAACAAGAGGUCGGAUUAA